GCUCAAGGGUCGUGUGGCCCAGGCCGCGCGGGGGCCCGGAGGCGGCAUGCCCUUCAGGUCUCCGGACUGCCGAGGGGCUCUCCGCGCGCUCCAGGGAGGUGGGGAUGGAUGCCGCGAGACCCGACGGAGACGGCGCUGCCCCGCGAGGGCGGCGGCGCCGCGCUGGCUGCUGAGGUGCUCCUUUGGCGCCCUGGCGAUCGCCGCGUAUGUGGUCGCGGCGUCCCAGGCCUCCUGGGUGGCGCUGCCCAGGCCCGCUGCGCCGGCGGCGCGUUGGGCCCGCGGCAGCAGCGUGCGGCUGGCCGCGAGGGGCGGCGACGAGGAGGGCGAGGAGACAGCACCGGCGCCAGCGCCAGCGCCGCCCGCGCCACCUCUGACUGAGGUUGUCGCUGAGUGAUUUAGGCGCUGGGUGAAUGACGCGCCGGGUGAGUUCAACCGGAUGAGUUCGGCGCCAGGUGAGUUCCGAAGCAGAUGGGCUUGGCGUCGGGUGAGGUAGGCACCCAGUGAGCGGUGUGAGCAGUGCGCCUGUCUCUCUCCCAUUGUCUCCUUCUUCUUCCUCCGCGUUCUUUCUUCAGCUUGCGUUUGUCGUCGUCGAUGUCGCCGUCUCCACUUUGUGUCUUCGGCAGGCCUGGCGCGCGCGCCCCCGCGAAGAGGACGA